GUGCUCGCCAUGUCUCCGGGUCCCUGUUUCGCUUCACGAGAGUCACUAGCAUUGUAUCGCUGCAUGCGCUUCUUCGCCCAGACAUGGAAGCCAUGGAGAACCAGGACUUUUUUGGGUCGAUCCCUUCACCUUCCGGAGAGCUUAAACGCCCCUGAUGGGCCUGACCCAUGUCCCUUCGCACACGCAUAAGACGCGUCGUACUUCGACUGAACGCGUUGUUCCUCGACUGACCUUGUCGACGAGAUCUGUUUCCACAUUAGUGCACAAUGAAGCGCGAACGCGAGGAAGACGACUCAGAUAGCACAGCCAUGCCACCACCAUCGACACCACCACCGUCAACACCUGAUAAAUUCCCGCCACCAAGUGCGUAUGGUGAAACGGUGCAGAUCAAAGUCGGGACAGAUCGCACCAAGACAUUUACUGUGCACAAAUCAAUACUCACUUUCUACUCUGGCUACUUCGCAGCUGCCUUUCGGCAUGGAAACGCAUUUCAGGAAGCCGAGACAGGACUCUUUAACUUGCCCGACGAAGAUGUCAGGACUUUCGAAAAAUUCGUUUGCUGGCUCUAUAGCCGCCGGAUCGACCUUAUCGCUUCGGACAGCUCUUUUUUCGUUCUGUCCAGGUUGUGGGUCCUCGGCGAUCGUCGACAAGUGCCAUUGUUGAUGAAUGAAUGCAUAAACAUGUUCCGAGACAUGAUCGUCCGCAUGUGGAAGAUACCUACAGCGUGCCUGCCGCUUAUUUACGAAAACACAAUGGACAGCUCGGCUUUACGCCAAUUUGCUCUGGACAUUAUUGCGAAGACGGGCACCGCAAAGUUCUUGAAGGAAGGCAAUGAAUCUUUUGUCAAAGAGGCGCUGAUAGAUAUCCUGAAAAUUGUCUGGCAGGAUGAUCACAAGAGGUGGGCCAAGCACGAUGUCGAAAAGCUGCAAUUGUGCCCGCAGUACCAUGUUCACGAAGAAGGUGUGACAUGCAAGAAGGAAUGAUCUGACGCCCUCAGUCGAACAUCUGCUCCUCGCCAGUGCGCUCUGAAUCCAGAUCUUUGCAUGCGGAUUGACAUUUGGAAACGCGUUGGCUACGACCGGGACCAUGUGGCAGAAAACGUCUGUUCAUCGAAAUCGGCCUCGGCGUGCAGGAGAAAAUCGGAGCGUUCCUGCUGGUGUAGAUCACAGUUUGUAUUGCAAAAGGCUGAAGUAUGCGAGACAUAGUUCACGUUCCCCCGAAGCCCUUAGCCACGCAAAACGCGCUCGACCAGAGAUCCCAGCAAGAGGUGGAGUCAGACAGAUGUUGAUGAUCGACAUGAAGCACAGAGUAACAAGGCACAGCUUAUGUUCAGCCUCGCCUGCUGCAUGUGCUGAAGUCGCAGCUCUAUCUUCACAUGAUGAGAGAGUGAGCGCCAAUAGUGAACCGGCAAACCUGUCCAAAUGUGCUUGUAGUUGUUCAGAUUGCAGCAUGUGAAUGCAGGGCACUGCUCAUGGCACGUGCGGCACAGACAAACAGCAGACGAUAAUGCACGACUUGCAUGAACAUACAGACACGACCUUGCAGAGACUCUUUCGCUUUGCACAUUGAGUGCUUCUUCUCUUGCACCCUUCAAUCUACGCAGAUAUCUGCAGCAAUGGCGCCCGCAUCAACGGCAUGCACAUCUCCACCA